CCGACAGGUACGCCUGCACGGGACCGCGCCGGAGACUCUCGACGACUCGGCAUCCAAGCCAAGUCGCCGCCAUCUCCUGCUCUUUCUGACGCCUCGACCGCCGACGGCCGAGACGACGACGAUACUGCUUCGUCGCCCCCUCUCCCGCCGUUGCCUGCUCCGCGACUGCCCCAGCGCGCUCAGGACUUUCUGCGAUCACCGACAGCCACCGACUUCGACGACACGCAGUUUGAGACUGCCAGCUGGGGCUCUCCUUACCCUCGCACCGACCGCAAUCUCCGUCGACACAGCUCUAGCAGCGACGACUCUUCCGCCGACGAGGACGAGUCUCCGAUCCACCACCUCGAGAUCGAUACCCCUUUCCUCCGUCCCGCCCCCGACGUCGUUGCGUCUGACGAGGUCCAAUCCAACCUCGACUACACCCCGUCCAUAAGUGGUGCAGCUGCCGUCCUUGCUAACCGUGUAAGGCGUCAGACCGUUGGCUUGACCGAGGACUGGAUCCGCACACACACCACCGGCGACCCCAACGUUGAACCUCGACACUGGUUCAGCGACGGAAGCAGUAGUGAGCACUCUUCGCUGAGCGGCUCAGACUUCGGUUGGUUCGAGGACCGCGAUCCCAGCACUCCAAAGACUGCCAAGGGACUCAAGUCCUUUGAGAGGAACAAAGUCCAGCAUCCCAGUGGUACCUCUAGUGUCGAGACACUCGAGACACUUCGCCCAAGCCCGCGAUUCAGAAACCCAGCCGCCAGCAUGACUACAUCAGAAACUGAGCCUCUGGCCAACGGCCUCUCAGAAGAGACUGCCAACCAGAGUGGAGCAGCCUCUCGCCCCAUCACUCCACCACCCAAGGAUACCCUCGCUCCCGCCGCCGUGGUCGAGCCCCCCGCCACCCCGCUGAGGAGGGUGGACAAGCCCCUCCCCAAGGAGCCGGCCAUGACGCCGCGUCUCAAGAAGAGGGUCCCUUGGAAGGGCAAGAACAUCCUAGUCCUGCUUCCUCGCGACGAGGAGCGUGGCCUUCCCGGGAAGCCCCCCCGGCCUCUGCGCCAGCACGAGAUCCAGAAGAUGUUCGACUCCUGGGAGGAGCUUGGCUACAACAUUGACGGCUUCGACCACGUCGUUGAAGGCUACCAGAUCCCUGGUACAGACGAUUCCCAGAGCCGCGAGACCUGGCCCACCGGCGAGGAUGUGGUGCAGGAGCGGUCCGAGAAGGCCUACCAGGUCACAUUGCCUGACUUGAAUGCGUGGGAACGCUAUGUCAACGAGCUCCAGGAGGCCAAGCUGCGUGCUCUUGGGGUCUUCACCGUGGAGGAGGCGCCCCCGGCUCUCCCGUCUCCCACAGCCACCGAUCCGAGCAGGCAACCUUCUGCCCAGUAUCCUCCGAACCCCUUCUCGCCUCCGCUGCCAACCUCAUCGGCGUCGAGCGGCCAUGGCGCCUUCGGCUACCCCUACAACCAGCAGUUCAACGUGUCUGCUUCUCAGAGCUCCAUCGCACUCGCCGGAGCCUCGCCGGUGCCGUUUGGACCCGACAAGUUCAACCCUCGGAAUUCGUCGUCGUUCCCUGCCAGCGCCUCGCCCUUCCAGUUCCCCCCCCACACCGCUCAGUGGCUGGCUAUGCAGGGUAUCAGCACGGCCGAUUCGCCGUAUGCUAAUCUCAACGGCAUCCUCUCCCCUCAGUCGCCCUUUGGCUUCGAGUCCGCCAGCAGCCCCGCCUUCGACAAGCAUCAUAGGCAACAUUCCCUCCUGACCCAUCAUCACAAUAUGCUUGACGACGUCACCGACGACGAGGAGGACGACGGCUCCAGGAGCUCCUCCAAGACGCCCGAAGCUCUUAAGCGUGGCAGUGCCGCCCACCUGUCCCACAGCCAAGAGGAUGGCGAGUACCACCUCGAGGAGUCGUUCCGCAAUCAGCUCGAGCACGACGACUAUAAUCCCCAGAUUGCCCAGGACCGCUCGCACCAGCGCCAGAUGUCGGAGAAGAUGCAGGUGCCUGAGCACUUUGCCAACGAGCCCGGAAAGCCCAUGGUGCUCCACCACCCCAGGCCCCAUAGCCGUGGCCACUCGUUGACGCACAACAUGAUGAACGGCGAGGACCAGCUCCAGGACGGCAUCGACCAGGGCGGCAGCAUGAGGAACUUUGCUCCUCUCAACGGCAUCCCCGAGGCGAACAAGGGUGAUGGCGAGGCGCAUGAGAUUGAGACGAACCCCAGCGAGCUCGGCACGCCCAACCCCGAAUUCGACGUCUCGACCCCCUUUGGCCAGCACCACAAGAACGCCUCGACGACCAGCAAUCCCUGGGUCAGCUCCACGAGCUCUGUACCCGGCCACGUGCGCUCCGGUCACGGUAGCAAGCCGUCUCUGUCUAAGCUCAACGUCAAGGCGGCCGAGUUCAAGUUCAACCCCGAGAGCUCCUUCACCCCCAGCCGCUUCAGCUUCUCGGGUACCUCCUUCCAGCCCAGCAUCUUCCAGUCCAGCAUCGGCCAGUCUAGCCCCGAUCUCUCCGUCCACGGUGGCGGGAAGGACUCGAUCCACCUCCCUGCUCAGUUCCCGGUCGCCUCCUUCACCGGUGGCUCCCCCCAGACGGACAGCGGGUCUGGCUUCAACCCGAGCAAGAGCAUCUUCAGCUUCUCUGCAUCCGGCCCCAAGUUCCGCCCCGAUGCCCCCUCCUUCACCCCCGUCCAGAGCCUCAACAGCCAGCCGGCGGUCGGUGCUCAGCCAAUUGCCCGGGAGAGCAUCUUUGGCGGCAUCCGCGUCAGCUCCGGAGAAGAGAUUGUCAAGCCGGCCAAGAAGUCCAAGGCGAUCCCCAUUGUUCGGCCACGCAGCCACCCGUCGCCCGAGCCCGCCCAGGACGUGGCCGACGGCGUCACCGAGGACGCAGACGGUCGCCCUCUCGCCGAUGAUUCUCGCACCAAGCGCGCUAAGAGCCAGGUGCCCGAAGGCCACGACGACGACGUUGCUCUCUUUGCUGAGCGCCCCGGGGACGAUGGUACCCUGGCGGUUCCCGCCACCCAGUCCCCAGCUGCGGCGGAGCCCGAACUUGUCGCCGACGAGGUGCCUGGCGAGGGCGAGACUGCUCUUGCCGCCGACACUUCGGUGUCGUCAGCUGCCACCGAUGAGCAGACGGACACCAAGGCUACCACUGCGGCACCCUCGGAGACGUCGCCGGCCGAGGCUGAGACCAGCACCUUUGCGCCCUUCGAGUUUGAGUCCAGGUUGGAUGCCAAGAAGUUCAGCGAGGCCGUCCCGACUGGUGUCGAAGGCCUCGGCAAGAGUGGCAGCGCACUGUUCUCGCCUGCUGCAGAGCCGUUUGCCCCCCCGACCGCCAAGGAAACCUCGGUCGCCUCGACGCCCAAGCCCAAGACUUCCAACCCCAAGGGCCUGGGUCUCGGCUCCUCCCGCUUCGCCUCGCCUCCGCCCAAGCCCAAGGGACUUGGCUCAUCUCUCUUUGCAAGCGAGCCCUCGCCGCCUCCUGCUGACGGAGAUGAGGUCCGGGUCUGGGAUGGCGAGGUCCAGGACGAGGCCGGGUACAACGAUCACGACGAGUCUCUCUUGUCGCUCAUCCACCCUGUCGUGGAUACCGACAUGGACCUUCCCGCGGACCCCGACGCACCCCGUCCGUCUGUCGAAGAGCCCAACGAGGGUGGUGAGCAGACAUUUGAGCAGAUCGAUGCCAUCAUGCAGGAGAUCGGCAAUGACCCCACGCUUGGCGUCAGGAGGACGACCGAGCCCUCGUCCACUUCUGGACCCGUGGCGGGUGCUGCCAACUCGCCCACCCUCAAGCUGGAGCCUCCGAGGCUCGAGCCUUCCGCCUUCCAUGGUAAAGCCAACACCCCGGUGCCUGUCCCUGACCUGGAGGAACCCACCGUCCAGUACGAGGGCGAGGCUUACCACCAGCCUCGCAACGACGACGACGACGUCGAGGAGGAGCCCCGCAGCCCCGGCAGCGACUGGGAGAAUGCUUUCCCUGCUGCUGAGCACGACAAGCUCGAAAACAGGGUCCAGUUCUUUGACGGCCGCGUCAACGAGGUUGUCGGCAGCCUACUGGCUUCUCGCCUCGAGCCUCUUGAGCAGGCCGUCUUCUCCAUCCAGGAUGCCAUCACUAUGAGGGUCGGCCGUCCAUCCUCUUCUCGCCGGGAUUUCCUCAGCGCCGUGUCUGAAGAUCGUCGACAGAGCGAUGCCGACGACGAGGACGACGACCUUCCUCCCCGCCGCUCGGCGAGCCCCCGCAGGGACCGCAGGAUGGACCAGAUUCGCGCUGCUGUUCUGGAGGCUCUGACUGCCCACGUCCGUACCCAGCCCGCCGUUGUGGAUGCCGCUGAGAGGGACGCUGGUGAUGCUGUUACCGAGGAGGCGGUGGAGUCGCCGCUCGCCAAGGGCCUUGCCGAGAUCAAGGAACUCUUGACCAAUCAGCCUAAGCAGCAGCCUGCCCUUGAGGGUGACAUCCUCAAGAACCUCAUCGAGGAAGCCGUCCACAGCAGAAUGCCCCCCCCCGCGCAGCCCGACGUCGACCUUCUCAUGAAGAUGGAGAGCAUGCAGGGCAAGGUUGAGGACCUCGAGCACCGACUCUUCGAGGAGACCGAGAAGCUCGAGAAGGAGAUGGUGAUCCGCCGGGCGGCCGAGGAUACUUUUGCCGACCUAAACCGCCAGCUCCAGGCCGCCGAGACCCGCGUCGAGGUCGAGAUCAUCAACAAGAGCGUCUUCGACCAGCGCGUCACGGACCUGGAGGAGAAGUUGCGCCAGCAGGAGGGCAUGACCGAGCAGGAGCUCGACACCCGCCGCCGCGCUGAGGACAAGCUAUCUGAGGUGCAGCGUCUGCUCAGGAUCUCGUCGGAGGAGGAGACACGCCUCCGCGAGGCGUGCGAGGAGAAGGACCAGAUGAUCAAGGCAAUGGAGCAGGCCAAUGCCAAGACGGCCAUGAAGAUGGCCCUCCUCGAGGCGUCGCAGACGAAUUCGACCCAGUCUCAGUCAGAGCUCACCAACAGGGCCAACGUGCUCGAGGCCGACCUCAGGGCUGUCCGCCUGGACAACAACCACUGGCGCAACGAGGCCGAGCGCGCCGACGAGGCGGCCCGCCGCCACAGCGCCGAGCUCUCAGUCAGUCAGGAGGAGAACAAGCACCUCCACAAGUCCCUCACUACCCUCACCACCCAGCUCGAGGAGAAUGAGCGCCUGCGCGAGACCUGGCGUGCCAAGUACAUGUCUCUGCAGGAUGACAUGGCCAAGGCCGCCCGCGCCAUCGCCGAGGAGAAUGCUCGCCGCGUCAAGAAGGAUCAGGCCAUGAUUGCCAGGCACGAGGUCCUGGAUGCCAGGCUGCAUGCCGAGGCCAAGACUCGCGAGCGUCUCGAGAUUGAGAUGGAGCGCCUCCAGAUGAACGAGCGUACCGGCAUGAGGGCUACCAAGGAGUGCGAGCGCCUCGAGGGCCUGAUCGGCGAGCUCCGCACCGAGAACCACAAGCUCCACGAGGGCAUGCUGGCCACCCAGCGCGAGGCCGACGACGACCGCGAGGCCGCCGCCAGCGAGGUCGCCAAGAUCCGCAGGACCCUCCAGGGCGAGCUUGACUCUGCCAGGCUCCAGGUCAACAUGGUGCGCGAAGAGCUCGAGGAGCAGAACGGCAAGCUCCGGGCCGAGCUGAACAGCCUCAAGUCCGACAUGGACACGGUCAAGGCCUCCGUCGUGGAGGAGCUCGACCAGAAACACCGAAGUGAGCUGGAGGAGCUCGACCAGAAGCACCGCAGCGAGUUGGAGGAGCUCGACCAGAAGCACCAGGGUGAAUUGGAUGAUAUCCGUGCCAAGUACGAAAAGAGGCAAUCUUCUGCUGUCGAGGUGGCCCAGAAGACGGAACAGAAUCUGCUCGAGCGUCUCAGCUUCUCCGCAUCCAAGAUUGAGCACUACCAGGAGCGCAUCGCCCUCAUGGAGGAGAAGCUCGAGAUCUCCAAGCAGGCUGCGGCGGCGGCGGCGGCGGCGGCGGCCAAGUCGGCCGCUGUCGAGACCGCCGCCUCCCCGGCCAUCGUCGUCCAACCCAAGGCCGCGCCCGCCCCCGUGGCCGCAACCAGGUCAGAUGUUCACGAGAAGAUCUCGCCCCAGGCGCUCAGGGAGUCCAUCAUGGUGCUCCAGGAGCAGCUCCAGGCCCGUGAGCAGCGUAUCGAGGAGCUGGAGCAGGCGGCUGCCGAGGUUGAUCAAGAUGCCCCCAACAAGAUCUCCAAGCGCGACGACGAGAUUAGCUGGCUGCGCGAACUCCUGGCCGUGAGACACGGCGACCUCCAGGACAUCAUUGCCGCCCUGUCCACCGAUUCGUACGACCGCAACAGGGUCAAGGAUGCCACGAUCCGUCUCAAGGCCAACCUUCAGAUGGAGGAGCAGGAGCGUGAGCGUGCCAUGAAUGGCGGGUCAGCUAUCAACCUGCCCAGCAUUGCCCAGACGAUCCAGACGGCGACGCCCAGAGUUGCCCAGACCAUUGGCGCUGCGUGGGGAAGCUGGCGCAAGGGAAGCACCAGCUCCUUUACCGGCAUGGGCAGCCGUCUCAGCUCUCCGGCGGCGGCGGCGGCGGCGGCGGCGGCGAGGAACAACACGACGCCGUCUAAGCCCGCUACCUCGUCGUCUCGUCACGGCAAGUCCCUGAGCGGCCUCAUGACGCCCCCUGCAUCUGGAGUCCGCCAGAACCCUCUUGUGGAGAGCAGUCCCCAGCCCACGGCCUUUGGAAGCACCGGCAGGCGUUACCCGUCGCACGGUAGCAGCGCCGGCAACGAAGGCCAAGCGCAGGGCCGUCGAAGCUCGCAGAACUCGGUGACUACCCGUGCAGCCGAGAAGGUACCUGCCGCCCUAGAGCCGGCAUCGCCGCAGCUCCCCGAGUCGGAAGAGCCCAUGACGCCACCCAUGAUGCGACCUGCCGUCUACGACUUGGAUGCCCAGCCGGCCGAGUUUGACGAAGACGGCUUCUUUGAGGACGAGUAA